AUGGCUGACCGAUACAUCCCCGAGCACCGCCGCACCAAUUUCAAGGCCAAGAGCACCUUCAAGCCUGAGGAGCUUCGCCGUCGCAGAGAGGAGCAGCAGGUCGAGAUUCGCAAGGCAAAGAGAGAGGAGAACCUUGCCAAGCGCCGUGGUAUCGGCUCUGGCGAGAACAGACCCGGCGCAUCCCUUGGUGCUGCCCCUGAUAGCGACGAUGAUACCGCUCCUACCGAGUCUCAGUUGAACGAGGACCUCCCCCAGAUGGUCUCUGGCGUUUUCUCUGACCAAAUCGACCUCCAAAUCCAAGCCACCACGAAGUUCCGAAAGCUGUUGUCCAAAGAGCGCAACCCGCCCAUCGAGGAAGUUAUCAAGACCGGUGUCGUUAGCCGCUUCGUCGAGUUUCUCCGUUCUCCUCACACCCUCGUGCAAUUCGAGGCUGCUUGGGCCCUGACCAACAUCGCUUCCGGUUCCGCCACGCAAACCCAGGUCGUCAUCGAAGCCGGUGCCGUGCCGAUCUUCGUCGAACUUUUGGCCAGCCCCGAGCCCGAUGUCAGGGAACAGGCUGUGUGGGCCCUGGGCAACAUUGCCGGUGACAGCCCUCACUGCCGUGAUUACGUGCUUAGCUGCGGCGCUCUUAAGCCUCUCCUCGCGCUCCUUGGCGACAGUCGCAAGUUGAGCAUGUUGCGGAAUGCUACGUGGACUCUCAGCAACUUCUGCCGUGGCAAGACUCCCCAGCCUGACUGGAACACUAUCGCCCCGGCUCUGCCCGUUCUUUCCAAGCUCGUUUACUCGCUUGACGACGAGGUGCUUAUCGACGCCUGCUGGGCCAUCUCUUAUCUAUCCGAUGGAUCCAACGACAAAAUCCAGGCCGUCAUCGAGGCUGGUAUCCCCCGCCGUCUCGUUGAGCUCUUGAUGCACGCUAGUACCUCAGUUCAGACGCCUGCUCUUCGAUCUGUCGGUAAUAUCGUUACUGGUGACGACGUUCAAACCCAGGUCAUCAUCAACUGCGGUGCACUGCCGUGUCUACUCUCUUUGUUGAGCUCCAACAAGGACGGCAUUCGCAAGGAGGCCUGCUGGACCAUUUCCAACAUCACCGCCGGCAAUUCGGCGCAGAUCCAAUCGGUUAUCGAUGCCAACAUCAUCCCUCCUCUCAUCCACCUCCUCUCUAACGGUGACCUGAAGACGCGCAAGGAGGCUUGCUGGGCCAUCAGCAAUGCGACAUCAGGUGGCUUGCAGAAGCCGGAUCAAAUUAGAUACCUGGUUUCUCAGGGCUGCAUCAAGCCCCUGUGCGAUCUCCUGGCCUGCCCCGACAACAAGAUCAUCCAGGUCGCAUUGGAUGGCCUGGAGAACAUUCUCAAGGUCGGUGACCUCGACAAGCAGGCCGCUGGCGAGGGAGCUGACUCGGUCAACCGCUACGCUCUGUUCAUCGAGGAGUGCGGUGGCAUGGAGAAGAUUCACGAGUGCCAGACCAACGCCAACGAGGAGAUUUACAUGAAGGCCUACAACAUCAUCGAGAAGUACUUCUCGGACGAGGAGGAGAAUGCGGAUGAGGGCAUGGCCCAGGGUACCGGCCCUAACGGUACCUUCGGCUUCGGUGCCAACGCUGCUCCUCAGCAGGGCGGUUUCAGCUUCGCCAACGGCGGCGACUCGAUGGACAUGUAA